UUUCCAAAGAUAAUCAAACAUCAUGGAAUCAUCACAUACAUUAUUGGCAGCAGCACUGUUACGGCUGCACCUCUUCUUGAUAAUUAUAGUCACAGCAAGAGCCAAAGUUCCGGCGAUAAUCGUGUUCGGAGACUCGUCCGUGGAUGCCGGGAACAACAAUCAGGUCCCGACGAUUGCUCGGAGCAAUUUCAGGCCAUACGGCCGGGAUUUCGACGGUGGUAAGCCGACCGGAAGGUUUUGCAAUGGCCGUCUAGCGACUGAUUUCAUCUCCGAGGCAUUUGGCCUCCGGCCUCUCGUGCCGGCCUACUUGGAUCCUGCAUAUAACAUCUCGGAUUUUGCUGUCGGAGUCACUUUUGCUUCUGCUGGAACUGGUUAUGAUAAUGCAACUUCUGACGUACUGGGUGUGAUUCCUUUGUGGAGGGAAUUAGAGUACUACAAAGACUACCAAAGGAGACUAAGAGCCUAUCUUGGUGAUUGGAAGGCCAUUGACACUCUCACCAAUGCACUCUACAUCAUAAGUAUCGGAACGAACGAUUUUCUGGAGAAUUAUUAUUCAUUUCCAUUGAGACGAACACAGUAUACAGUCGGCGCAUACCAGGAAUUUCUCCUUGGAAUUGCCAGAAAUUUCAUCGUCAACCUUCACAGCCUCGGAGCACGAAAAAUCUCUCUUGGAGGCCUUCCCCCAAUGGGUUGUAUGCCCUUAGAAAGAGCACAAAACCUAGCAAAUGGGAAUGAUUGCAUGGAGACAUACAACAUAGUUGCCAUGAGAUUCAAUGCAAAGUUGUAUGAUUUGGUGAUGAAGCUAAACAAGGAAAUACCUGGCCUACAAUUGGUCUUCUCCAAUCCCUUCUACAUUCUUCUACAAAUAAUCACAAACCCAUCCUUAUAUGGUUUUGAGGUUUCUGAAAGAGCAUGUUGUGCCACAGGGACAUUUGAGAUGGGCUACACUUGCUCUGAAAUUAGUCUCUUUACAUGUACGAAUGCUACAAAAUACGUGUUUUGGGACGCAUUUCACCCUACCCAACAAACUAAUAGAAUGGUUGCGGAACAUGUAGUUAAGACUGCUUUGUCCAACUUCCUUUAAUACAUCAAAACGUCUUGGUUCAA